AUGGAUCUAAUUGUUUUUGUAUUUUUUCUUUUACAAUCCCAUUUAGAUAAAACAAUUAAUAUCUCAUGUGAAUGUGCUCAUAUUAUCGAGGAACAUAAAUGCAAUAAUUCCCAAAAAUGUUUAUGGAAUAAUAUGAGUGAAAAGUGUUAAAUAAAUUUGAAUGCUGAAACUUAAAUUCAAAGUCUAUCAUAUUGUUCAUAAUUUGUUGAGGAUGAAUGCAUUUUAAAUAAAAAGUGUGCAUUUCACUUAGGAAAAUGCUAAGAAUUUACAAAAUGUGAAGACUUAUUGAAAGAUAAAUGCCUAUCAUCAUCGUAUUGGUGUAUUUCAAAUGGAUAAAUUUGCAUUCCUAAGAAUGAAUGCCAAGAAUAUAUAAAUAAAGUGAGUUGUCAAAAUAAAAAUAUACAUGGGAAAUAUUGUAUAUGGAAAAUAACAAUUGAUGGUCCUAAAUGUUUAAAUGUUGAAAGUUGUGAAGAAUUGCCUUAAAUCUUAAAUACAGACAAUGCUUGCAGAGAAUAAAUUAACAAUUGCACAACAUCUAAUUAAGGUGGAUGUAUGAGAUCAAAAGAUUAUUGUAAUAUGUAUACUUUAGAGGAGUAAUGCUUUUAAACUUAUUAGAAUGUUAAAUGUUUUUGGGAAUAAAAAUUAAAGAAAUGUUUUGAGAAAAAUUGUUCUAAUAAAUAUUUAUAAAUUCAUCAUGAAUGUUAAAAUUUUUUAUCAAAUUGCACCACUGAUGGCACUAGAUGUAUUGAUAAAUCAUCAUGUUAAUAAUAUUAAUAAUAAUAAGGGUGUGUAAUAGAUAAUCUUGGAAAUCCUUGUAUCUUUUAUUAAGGAUAAUGCUAUUAUAAAAAUUGUGAUUAGGCCCCAAUAACAAUAAACUCAAUGCUUUAAUGCUAAUCAUUUGAUAAUGGCAAUUAAGUCUGCGUAUCAAAAAAAAACGGAGGAUGUAAAAACAAACCGAAUUAAUGUGAUUAAUUAGAAACGUAAGAUUCUUGCCUAAUCACUAAUUAAGUAGCUGGCAAAUAUUGUAUAUGGGAUGAAAGAAUAUAACAAUGUAAAGUUAAAGAAUGUAAAGAUGCUCCUCUAAAUUUUGAUCAUAAUUAAUGUAUAUAAUGGCUGGAUGAUUAUUAAUGUAUAAGUGGACAAGGAAAUGGCUGUAUUGAUAAUUUUCAAAAUUGCAAUGACAUUAAGAAUCUAAAAAGUUGUGUGAAAAAUAAAAAUAGGAAGUAAUGUAUUAUUGAAAAUGAUGAAUGUUUUGAAGAAGAAUGUCAGAGUUUUAAAUAUCCUAAAUACGAUACAGAUAAAAAAUGUUCAGAUAAAUUAAGUAUUUGUACUUACAAUUAUUUAACUAAAAGUUGUAUUAACAAAGUAUGUGAAAAUUUAUCAGAUAAAGAAUGUAAUUAUGAUUUUGAAAUGAAUAAAUGUACAAUUCCGUCUGGUUGUUCACAUAAAAGAUGUGAGUCAGCUUCAUUUUAUUUAAGUUCUUAUGAAGAUUGUUAAAAUUGGGAUAUUAGAUGUACAAUAAAUAUAAUUGUGACAACAAGUAUGCUAUAUAUGAAUGGUUGUAUUACAAAAUAUAUGGAUUGUCACCAAUUUAAAUAUUAACAAUAAUGCACAUCAACAUUACAAGGAAUUCCUUGUUUUUGGAACAAUGAGAUAAAAUUAUGCGAAUUUUAAACUUGCAAUAAUGCUCCUGUCUCAUUAAAUACAAUAUCUUAAUGUUAAGAUUGGGUUAAGUACCACACUUAGAAAUGUGUUAAUAAACAGAAUGGAGGAUGCAUUGAAUAAUUUCCUUAAUGUUUGUAAUUGACUGAAGAAUUGUAAUGUACUAUAGGUUCAUUGAAUAAUUUAUGUUUUUGGAAUACUUAAACAAAUAAGUGUGAAGAUAGGACUUGUAUGAAUGCAAGUACUAACUUAAAAUCUAAUUUAUAAUGUAGAUAAUGGCUAUCAAAUUGUAAAUUAAGUAAGUCUGGAUUAGGAUGUGAAAUUGAUUCUGGAAUAUAUGAUUUAUGUACUGAUGCACCAGAGAUACAAUAGUUUAGUACUCAUGAAGAAUGCUAAGCAUGGAAUCCUAAAUGUACACUUAAAUUAGGAUCUAGUUGUGCAACUAAAUUAAAUUGUGAAAGCUAUUAAACUAACACUGAAUGUUUAACUGAUAUCAAUAAUUAACCAUGUCAGUGGAAUGGAACAAACUGUUAUACAAAGAAGUGCAGUGAUAUUUCAUCUAUUCCCACUACUGCUGAUGAUUGUUCAAACUUUUCUCCUUUAUGUACAAUUUCAACUGAAAUUGUUACAUGCUAAGAUAAGAAACCAAAUUGCAGCGAUUAUAAUAAUAAUAUGUCUGAUUGUAAAGUUAAUUCUGCAGGUUAAAAAUGUUCAGUGGACACUUUAACCUCAAGUUCAGGUUCAGACUCAACCUCAAGUUCAGGUUCAGGUUCAGACUCAACCUCAGACUCAGGUUCAGGUUCAACCUCAACCUCAACCUCAACCUCAACCUCAACCUCAACCUCAACCUCAACCUCAGGUUCAACCUCAACCUCAGGCUCAACUUCAACUUCAACCUCAGGCUCAAAGUCACAUACAGGUUCACCUACACGUUUAGCUUCUCGUUCAACAUCAUCUUAAACUUAAACUUUAACUUGUGUAGUUGCAAAAUAUUUAACACAAGUUCCAUAUUAUAUUUAUAGUUGUAGCUAUGAAAAUAAGGAUAAAGGAUUCCUAUAUUAAUAUUUUGACCCAUUAAAAACUUGUAUUGAAACUCCUUAAACUUGUGAUUAAGUUCCGAAAGAUUAAUGUGAUAUAAUUGCAACAAUCAACAAUGAGAUAUGCUCUUAUAAUGGCACCCAAUGUGCAGUCCUCAGUUAAAUAUCAAAUCCAUUGGAAGAUUGUAGAAUAGAAUAUUCAUAGAAUAGUUAGCGUUAAUGUAAACUUUAUUCGAAAACUUGUGAAUUAGAUUUUAUUCAAUAUAAUCGCUGCACUUUUACUUCUUGCUUAAAUGUUUUACAAAGUUAAUGCGAUUUAAUUACUUUAAACAAUAAUAUUUAAUGCGUUUGGAAUAAUUCCACAUGUCAAGUCAGAACUUGCAAUUACAUCAAUGAAGAACCUCAGUCUGUUGAGUAAUGCAUAUAAUGGUUAGAUUCUUGCUCCUAUGAUUAAACAAAAAAGAGUUGUACCGAUAGGACUUCGUGUUCUUAAGAAACAUCUGAAUUGAUAUGUAACAAAGUAUCAUAUAUCAAUCCAUAGGGGUAAAAAACAUAUUGCUUUUGGAAUUCAAAUGGUUGUUCUGAUAUUACAUUAUGUUCAUAAAUUUAUGAUCCAACGUCACAUUAAAUGUGUCAAUAAAAAUUGCCAACUUGUACAUCUUAAACAUCCCCCUCAAACACUGCUACCUGCAUUGAAAUUCCUUCUUUUUGUAAUUAGAUUCAAAAUUAAAAUUAAUAUGUAUUUGGAGUUAUGAAAAAUGCUUUUGAUUAUUUUGUCAUUUUAGAAUUUUAAAUUCAAACCGUAAUUUAUUUUAAAUUUGCAAAAACAGACAAUUAUAUUGAAAUAAGUUAAUGCUAAUUGAUUCCUAACUAAACAAUUGAUGCUUAGAAUUGUGUAAAUUUUAGUUUACUUUGUAGAAUAAAUGAAUAAUAUGAUGGUUCAACUACAUACUUUCAAUAUAAAUGCGAUUCCUUUCUUCUGUAUAAGAGAUGCCGAGAAAAAGAGUUUAUUUAUAGUUGUUAACCUUUUGCUUAAUUUUGUUAAGAUUACAAAAAAUAAGAAAACUGUAAAUUCGAUUAUCGAUAAAGUGAAUGUUACUGGGAGGCUAAAUUAAAUCAAUGUAUCAAUUUUUUAUGCAACGAGAUUGAUUAGUUAGUUUAAACCCAUUAAGAUUGCUAAUAAAUAUCUUCAGAUUGUACUAUUAACAUUUAAAAUUCAUAAUAUUCAUGUUAAAAUUUACUUUAAUGCAAUGAAUAUUAAGAUGAAUAUUAAUGUGUUAUCAAUUUAAAUCAUAAGAUAUGUAGUUGGAUAGAUAACAAAUGUAUUUUUGAUAACUGUAGGAAUUCUGCUAAAAAUAUGAUUUAUGAUAUUGGAUCAUGUGAAAAUAAUUAUGGUAGUAAUUGCACAAUAAAUGAGGAUAGAUCUGGAUGUAUAAUUAAAUACAAAAUAUGCAAAAAUUACAAUUAAUUCUAAUGUUUAACUCCUGAUCAAAGAAAUUUAUCUGGAUUACUCUGCUUUUGGGAUUAAAUCAAUUAAAUUUGUUCAGAACUAAUUUGUGACUAAGCUCCUUAAAAUUAUAAUUAAUUAUUUGAAUGUUAAUCUUUUAAUUAGAAUUGCUAACCUUCUUAAUGUAGAUAAUCGAAAUGUGAAGAUUUUAAAUACAACACAGAUACGAAAUGUUAAUCUGUACUUUCAAAUAGUUAAUGCACUACAAAUGGUUUCUAAUGUAUUUAAAGAAAAUAAUGUGAAAAUGCCAUCUAUUCUUCAGGAUGCACUUACUCAAUUGAUUUUUAAGAUUGUUAAUGGUUAGAAGAGGAAAAUUAAUGUGUUCUCAAAUCCUGUGAUUCUGCGCCUAAUAGCAUUUAAACUCAUUAAUAAUGUUAAUAGUAUUUCCAAGGAUGCACUGCAAAACUGAAUGGAGGUUGUAGUUAACUGACAACAUGCAAUUCAAUAUCAACCAAAGAAGGAUGUCUAACUGAUUAAUUUAACAUGAACUGUUUAUGGGAUGAGGAUAAGAAAUAAUGUAUUUAUCUAUAGUGUGAUACUAUUUGUGGAGAUGGAAUUGCAGGAUUGAAUGAAGAAUGUGAUGAUGGAAACUUAUUACCUUAUGAUGGGUGUUAUAAAUGUAAAGUAUAAUGUUAAUAUGGAUGUAAUGUUUGUGAGUCUAAAAUCUGUUUGGAUUGCUCCAUUGGUUAUGAAUUAAGUUCAGAUGCUUAAUGUUAUGAAAUUUGUGGGGAUGGCUUAAUUAAUGGAUAGGAAGAAUGUGACGACAUGAAUGAAAUCAAAGAGGAUGGCUGUUUUGGCUGUAGAUUUUAGUGUCAUAAACAAUGUCUUAUAUGUUCUUAAGGUUUAUGCUAACUUUGUUAAAAAGGUUGGGAAUAAUACAAUAAUUAAUGCAAAUCUGUUUGUGGAAAUGGUCAGUUAGUUGGGGAAUAUGAACAAUGCGAUGAUGGCAAUAAUGAUGAUUUUGAUGGUUGUGAUGCUAAUUGUAAGGUUGAAGAAAAUUGGAUUUGUAAUUAAUCAUAAAUUACUGGACUAAGUGAAUGUAUAAAUUAAGUAGCACCAAAAGUGCUCUUUGAGAACCAAUCUUAAAAAAGAGAUAGUGAAUAAAUUAUUAUGAUGUAAUUUAAUUAAUAAAUAAAGUUGAAAAUGCUUUGCAAUUUAGAAGAUUAUAUUAAAAUUAAUGUAACAAAGAAUGUAAACUUUGAUUACACUAUAGUUCCUAUUAAAUAAGCUACACCAACAUUAACUAAUGUUUAAUAUAAAAUAUAAAUAUCGUUAUUAGAAUCAGUUGAUGAACCUUUUGCUACUGUUUCAUUUAUAGAAUCAAUUCUUAUUAAUAAUCUCAAUCAAGAGUUAAUUGUGUUAUCUAAAACUAUAAGUUUAGGUAAUCCUUUAAUUUUAUCCCUUGAUGCAAAGAAUCGAUUAGAUAGUGCAAUAUAAUUUAAUGAAAUUAUGAUUUAUGUCUUUAUUGCAUCUUCCACUCUAUCAGUAUUAACAGGGAACUUUGAUUUAUUUUUCAACAUGCUGGCACUUUUGUAACAAUUGUCUUAUGUAAGAUAUUUAGCUGUGCCAUACCCAAGUCAUCUGGAGCAGUAUUUAAAAGUAUUUAAAAUAAUCUCAUUUUAACCUUUAUAUGAUAAAUUACAGAUUGAUUAUUAUUUCUCCAAAUUGAAUUUUGGUAAAACUCCAUUUAUUUAAUCAAAUAAUCCAAAAUAGGAUGAUCCUGAAUUAAAUAACGCUUUUUUCCUUGUAAAUGCUAAGAGCUUUUAUUUAACCAUGUUCACUACAUUUACACUGUUUAUAAUUUCAAAAAUAAUCAAAAAGAUCAGCCAUUAUGUCUAUACUUAAUUUUCCUCUUUUAAACACUUUAAAAGACUAAAAAUGUUGUAUAUAAUCUUCAGAAUGAUAAAAUAGUUUUCUGAAAAAACAUCAAAUUACUUUUUCUAUUCAGGAAUGAUAAAAGUUUUUAUAUCGACAUAAUAUUAGUUAAUGUACAGUGCUUAUAUCUAAUGUCCAGAAUAUCAAUUUAAUUUCUAAUUGUAGGAUAUAUUUAUCACUUUUAACUCUUUUAAUGCAUUAAUUGCUAUUAUAAUACCUCACUUAUUUCUAUUUAAAUCUAUUGUAGUUCUACAAAAAUAAUACAAAAUAGCAACUAAAAAUCGAUUUUCAAUAUUUUACGAAAAUGUUAAAUAAACCUAUUGGGCCAGAUACUUCAUUCCCUUUUCAAUGGUAAAAGUUGCCAUUUAUAUGGGGAUUGUUUGUUUUCUGAGUAAUUCCCCAGUUAUAUAGAUUAUAUCAUUAACAAUAUUAUCUAAUGUUUACUUAUAUUAUCUUUUGGUAGCCCAACCAUGUACUUAAAAAUUAGAGAAAAUCAAAAUCAUUGUUAGAGAAAUGACAUUUCUAAUAAUAGUCUCAUCCCUUUUUCCUUAUACAUCAGCUGUGGAUGAUAAAAUAAUUAAUUUAUUAGGAUGGAUUCAUAUAGGAUUAUUUUCAUUGAUCAUCGCAUCAAACAUACUAAUAGAUUUUAUAAAUUAACUAACGCAAUUAUUAAAUAAAUAUUAGUAAAAUAAAUUAAAAAAGAAAAAAUAAAAAGAGACUUCCUCUAAUUAUAAUAGUUUUAUUAUCAUUUCAGAUGCUAAUAUAUAAAACAAAAGACUAAAAUCUUAACAAUUAAUUACCAUUUGA